GGCCUUUGCGGAGUGUGGCGCAGUAUUACCUGGAUCCUGAGCACAGCCUUGUCGGUCUUUUCAUGUUCGUCACCUACGCAGACUCAGUUAACAAAAGCAAAUAUCCAGCUACCAUGGCAGCAGUGGCGACCAAUCUCUCCCAGUUUCCUCGCUUCACAAACCUCCCUCCGGAGCUGCGCUACCUUGUAUGGCGUUGUGCCCUGCCCCACGACGUUGGCCAAGUCCUAUUCCCUUACAAAAAGGGGUGUUGGUGCUCUCGGCACUUGUCGGAAUCUGAUGAAGCAUACACCGAAUGGUGCAAUAUCGCAUUCGAGUUCCGCCACGAUUUAUUGGACCCGGUGCAGUUUUAUAUAGCACUAGUCUUCGUCAACCGGGAAUCCAGGGCCAUCGCCUUAGCCUGGGCUCGAGAAAUGGGUAUUCAGAUGCGCUUUCACAGGGACAAACAGUCCUUCGUCUUCGUGCGCCAGUUCGACCCAGUGCGUGACGUGUUAUACGUUCCGUUUGACAAGGUAGAUGAAUUCAUCCAUGAGCCUAUCGAUCGCCAAUUUGAGCCAGAUCUCGUCGGUCGGAUGGUGGACGUACAACCAAACGUCAGACAUAUCGCCGUGCCAGAGGCGCUGUUGCAGAGCGAUCCUGCUGCAUUACGAGAGAUAUUUGACUUAUUCUAUCACCCAAAAGUAUUCUUUAUCAUUAUAGACGCGCAGCCAGACUGGAAUGAAAGUAGCAUGAAUGUAUACCAGCGGUGGGAGCUCGAUGCUCUGCAGGGAAAAGGCUUCUUCUGGAAUUCCGAGCAUGGCCGCUUUGAUUGUGGUAUUGGUCUUUCAAUCGGUGAUGAAACCCUAUAUCAGCGGAUAGGGAGAGCUAUAAAUGCUUUGGGGUCAUCAUUCAUACAAAGCCAUCUUGUGGAUGGCUUCGAGGUCCGGCCUGCCUUUGGUGUUAGAAAAUGACAGAUAAGCAGGGCUUUUUAUGUUAUUGUACCUUUGAUUUUCACACGCCCCCACGGGGGUUCGUCCUUACGAAUAUGGCGCAUAUGCAGGGCCAUGUCAAUCGACCGUUGAGGGCGCUGCGCGAGUUUGUGGAUGGGUAUAGAAUGGGCUUAGAAGUAGGUGCUGCAUUAUAGGUCUAUGCUCGAGUUGGUGUUCACGCCGAUUCAAAAGAGAAA